AUGGCAGACUUCAAAUUCAGAGGAGACCUCGCAGCCAACCAGGAGUUGGUCUGCUCGAUUUCCAGCCUGCUGAAUGCCCAUAACAUCCCCAAUCUUUUCUGGGGCGAUCUCGUCUUCAAUCUCUACGGAGUACCUCUCCACGUCUCAGACUUCAGUUUCGUCAUAGCCGACGAUCUAAUUGACAAAGCAAGCAAUGUCCUAGAGGCAGCCAAGUUCCCCGUCUGCCAUCUUGGCCAGACAUGCCCCGCCAUCCAGCCGAACCGCCCCGCUCCACCCCCCUAUGCCCAUUUCAACAUCAAGCAAAAAGGCGACCCAAGAAAGUGGUUCAGAGUCGAACUCCACCGAAAGUCCGACUUGCUCUGGACAGCCCCGGCAAUCCCGGCUUGCGCUCCCGACGCCGACGAUCCGCACUACAUGAUUGCUAACGAUGCAAGGCUACCAGAGUUCUCGCCGCGAGAGCUUCUCGGCCGGAUGGACCUCGCCGACUGCCCGGUCAAGAUACCGACCCCCAACCAGUUCGCCGAGGCGCUGGCGAUGCUGUACUACCGCGAUGGAGUGCCAGGGCCGACCAUCCGCGGAGAGUACUGGUUGGAUCUGCAGAGUGAGUUGGUCCAGACGGGGCUUGUGAAGCUGGAUGAGCUCCCUGCCGUCAUUAAGGGGCACUAUGAGCUGGUGGGUAAGGCGGAUAUGAAGGAGGUGCACAGGUACAGCGAGGAGGUCGCGGGGCAGAUGAGGGAGGAAUUCGAGAUCCCUGUUCGUAUGUUGCCGCCGGAUAUGGAUGCGUUUGAGCCGGCGGAGGAGGUGGUGGAGUUUCUUUGA